CGUGGCAGCUGAUGCUAUAAGUGCUUAUUUAUUCGAAUAAUUUAAUCAUCAAAGUUUAAUUUGGUUGACGACGAUGGAGGAGGUUACAGCGUUGGGGUGUCUGGGCAAAGGCUUCGAUCUCACGAGCGAUUUUCGGCUCAAGUUCGCGAAGGGCGGCGUUAAUGGAGGGAGGAGGUUGGUGGUUAUUGACGAAGAGAACACGAGGGAUAUUGUGGUGCCUGGAGGACCUUCUGGUAAUAACACUAUUAUUCCUCAUGUUUCUCAAGAUAUACGCUGUGAUAAAGGAGACAGGAUUCGAUUUAAGUCUGAUGUUCUUCAAUUCAAUCAGAUGUCUGAGUUGCUUAACCAGAAAUCAGCAAUACAGGGGAAAAUUCCCUCUGGCUAUUUUAAUGCUCUUUUCGACUUAACUGGCGAUUGGUAUCGUGAUGCCGAAGAUAUCAAAUAUCUUGCUUUUGAUGGUUAUUUCAUUUCUCUGUACUAUUUGCACCUAACUCCUUCACACCUCAUACUUCAAGAUGAAGUAAAGAAAGCUGUUCCGGCUCAAUGGGAUCCUGCAGCAUUGUCCAGGUUCAUUCAGACAUAUGGUACACACAUAAUAAUAGGUAUGGCUGUUGGAGGCCAAGAUGUAAUUUGUGUCAAACAAAAACACUCUUCAAAGAUUUCUCCUAGUGAUCUCAGAAGAUAUCUAGAGGAACUUGGAGACUUUAUGUUUUCGGAUUUAAGAAGCCCUUCACUACUCGAGAGGCAGACAACAAUACAUGCAAAGCAAAAGGUCCCUGAAGUCUUUAGUCGCGUGAUGCAAUCAAACUCAGUACAGUUCACCAGUAUUUCGGAAUCAUCAAGCAAGGAUGGCCUCACUAUUAUUUGCUCAAAAAGAGGAGGUGAUAUGUUCAAGCAUAGUCACUCAAAUUGGCUUCAGACAGUGCCAUCAAAUCCUGAAGCAAUUCUCUUCAAGUUUGUUCCUAUUUCAUCACUUCUCACAGGAAUUCCUGGAAGUGGCUAUCUGAGCCAUGCCAUCAAUUCGUACUUGCGCUAUAAGCCUUAUCCUGAAGAUUUACAAUAUUUCUUGGAAUUUCAAAUUCCAACACAAUGGGCACCAAUGUUUUAUGAGCUACCUCUGAGGCAUCAACGGAGAAAGACUUCUUCGCCUUCGCUGCAGUUCAGUUUCAUGGGUCCCAAGCUUCAUAUCAGCUCUGCACAGGUAUUGAGUGAACAAAAACCUGUGGUUGGUCUUCGCUUGUAUUUAGAGGGAAGAAAAUGUGACAGACUAGCAUUACACAUACAGCACCUUUCCAGCCUCCCAAACACAAUGAUCCUCUCUUCCGGCGGCUCAAUCACAAGCAAAUCGUCGAUGUGGCGAGGAUCGGAUGACAAUGAAAACAGCGACGAAUUCCUAGAGCCAAUAAGAUGGAAGGGUUUUGCUAACGUGUGCACCUCAGUAGUCAAACAUGACCCUGAAUGGUUGAACGAAUCAAGUAGUAAUGGUGUCUACAUUGUAACCGGUGCUCAACUCAUUAGCAAAGGGAGUUGGCCAAGAAAUGUGCUUCAUUUGCGCCUCCUAUACACUCACAUACCAAAUUGCAGCAUCAGGAAGUCCGAAUGGGCCGCCGUUCCAGAAGCUUCUAGAAAAUCAUCAUUCCUAACAAAUCUUAGCACUACAUUUUCCUUCACACAACAACAGAGUGUGAGUGGUCACCAGAAGCAAGCUCCAACUGCGCUUAACUCCGGAGUUUAUCCGGACGGUCCACCUGUCCCAACUCGCUCCGCCAAAAUGCUAAAGUUUGUUGACACCAGUGAGGUCGUGCGAGGUCCGCACGACGUUCCCGGCCAUUGGCUGGUAACAGCAGCUAAGCUUGUGACUGAGGGUGGCAAGAUUGGAUUGCAGGUUAAGUUUGCAUUGUUAGACUACUAGUGACUCUAGAGGAUAUCUAUGAUCUAAAUUAUUAUUACUUCAUUCUUUUGUUCAAAAACUAUAGAUAUAGAUGUAAUUAUUGGUUAGGAAAAUAGCUACUAGAUUAAUUUAUGAAAUGUUAAGGAUGUACUAAACUAUAAGACGUUUAUACAUGUAAAAUAUUGAAUGGAGUAUGUAAAAUAGUAAAAUACAGAUGUGAGAAACAUCUUUUAAUAGAAACCGUGAGCCUUCCACCAAUAAAUACCCAC